AUGAACCGCAGCGAGCUUCUGCGGGAGCUGCAGCGGCGGGAGGAGGAGGCCGCGCGCGAGCAGCUGCUGCUGCUGCGACGAAUGCGCGAGGCGGAGCGGGAGAGGACCCGAGAGGCGGAGGUGGACAGGGGGAGGGGAAGGGGGGACCUGGGGGAACGCGGAAGAGGGAGACGCAGCAGGAGCUGCAGCAAGGACGGCAGCAGCAGCUGGCGCAAGAGCGGCAGGCGCAGGGGGAACAGGCGGAGCAGACGCGCUCCCGUGGUGCUUCUAGCGGGGGGCGCGGUUAGCGGCAAGCAGCGGUGGUACACCACAAGCGGCGGUUGCCACCGCAGCAGGCAGCAGCACGCCGCCGCGGAGUCCGUAGUCGGCUCCUCAGGCCCCCCUCUCGGCGCAUGCUCCGCCCCCCUAUUCUCCCCCAUGGCCCCCCAUUCUCCCCGCACGCCCCCCACGCCCCCGCACGCCCCGUACUCCGCCUUCCCCCCCGUCCGCCUUCCCCCAUGGCUCUCCGCCAAGGCCCGCCCAGCGGUCGCCCCACGCGUCCGCGCGCUACUCCUCCGCCUCCUCCGCCCGUUCCCUCGCCUCCUGCCCUGGCGCGCCUCUACGCGGACCACCUGCGCCCCCACGCCCUCUCACCCGCCCACGCGCUCAGCACAGGGCCGGACGCGCCAGCAGCCAUCAGCGCAGCAGGCGGAUGGGGAGGAGGCGGGGGAGGGGGAGGGGGAGGGCGGGCGGAGUGGAGGUGCGGGGAGAGGAGAAGGGGGGAAUGGGGAAGGGGGAGGCGCAGGGAGUGAGGGAUCUCCGCUGCCUGGCGGGCUGGCAAGCUGGCUGCGGGAGGAGAGAGAGAGGGGGCAGGGCAGGCGAGGGGGGAUGGAGCGGAGGGGGGGACGAAGGUUGGUGAAUGCGGGUGGGCAGCAGCAUGUGGACAUGGAUGGGCGGAUGAAUCAAGACGCAGUGCAAUCAGGUCCCUUUCAGGGGAACGAUGAAGGUAGGCAGAGUGGGGGCAGGAGAAGCACAGAGGGAGAGGGAGAGGCACAGGGAGAGUGGGAGAGACACAGAGGGAGCGGGAGAGACGAAGAGGGAGCCGGAGAGGCACAGAGGGAGUGGGAGAGGUACAGAGGGAGUGGAGAGGUACAGAGGGAGUGGGAGAGGUACAGAAGGAGUGGGAGAGGUACAGAGGGAGUGGGAGAGGCACAAACGGACCUGGAGAAGGCAUCUCCCUCCCCGUUUCCUGCAUCUAAAAUCCCCCUGGCAUCUCCUCCUUCCUCUACCCCACCGCCUCCUUCCGUGGGACUCGCUCCAUUCGCGCGGCUCUACCAGACCCCGCAGCUGCAACUGGUGGUGUUGGUGAUGUAG